UGGAUAUAUAUCUGCACACUAGGUGACCAUUUCUCCUAUUGAAUACUCUAACGUCGAUAAAAAGAUGGCUAUCGUUUCUAAGGUAGGCAUAAUAUUUCCUCUGGGAUGGCAGGAAUAUACGGCGAUCGCUUGUGUUGUGCUGAUUUUGGUCUUCUCUAUAUUACUGUGCUGCGAAAUCAAGCAUAGUGUGAUAAUCGGGUUGAUCAUGACAGGAAUAAUGAUUGGACUGUGCUCUGCGAUUAUUUAUCAUCUGUGUUGCAAAAAGUCUUUAACAAACUGUUAUUUUUUAUUGGGCUUCAUUAUUCUGGAAGACCUGCUUACAUUCAUACUUUGCAUAUUAACGAGAAGAUUUAAGCGAGCAGUGUUCAUAGUUUUCAUACUUUUGUCGGUGGCUUUUGUGAUAACUGGAGGGCUUUUAUUAUUUUUCGUGGGAGAUGAUGAACUAUGGGUUUCGCUGGCCGGUGGCUUUUUCAACACUGCUAUAGAUGUGGCGGCACUGUGUCUUGUCAGCUCCUUGAAAUUUGUUAAAUAGCACUUGACUCACUUGUAUUAUGUCAAGCAAUUUCCACCGUAAUGCGUGUCUUGUACAAACAAGCACCUGCCACUUUGUUAAGACAGUUGAUGAUUCCUAUUUUCAGUUUUUGAAAUCAAUUAAUUUUUGUGCACUAGAACUUUCGCUUAACCUGGUGUACAACAAUUUCUUUAGACGGUAAAGAUAAGUGUUUUACAAGGUUGUGUUAACUUUGUGUUCGAGAGGAUUUCUGUCCUUGUUGAUGUUUCUCAUUAUUAGAAUUCGUUGUGUUCUGAAAGAGAAACCAUUGCAAGUGUAUGUAAUGAAGUCUGGAAAGAAACAAUCUCGAAUUCAG